AUGGUUCGUUACGCAUCAGGCCCGCUUUACCCAAACCCCGAAAAGACGUCGCGGGCCCGCGGGGAGUACCUCCGCACGCACUUCAAGAACAUGCGCGAGGUGGCUGCCGCACUCUCCGGCCUGAAGCUCACGAAAGCGUACUCCUACCUUGGCGAUGUCGCCGAGCAUAAGCAGGUCAUUCCUUUCAGGCGAUUUGCGGGUGGUGUUGGGCGGGCUAGCCAGGCGAAGCAGUUCAAGGCGACUCAGGGUCGCUGGCCUGAGAAGAGCGUGAAGUUCAUCCUCCGCCUCCUCAAGAACGCUGAGGCGAACGCCGAUGCGAAAAGCCUCGAACUCGAGGACCUCUACAUCAAGAACAUCGUUGUGCAGCAGGCUCCCAAAACCCGCCGCCGUACUUACCGUGCGCACGGUCGCAUCAACCCCUACCAGGGCCACCCCUGCCACGUAGAGGUCAUCCUCUCCGCCACCGAUGCCGAGGUCGAGAAGGCCACCGACAAGGCACCCGUUGCCCGCGCGUCGCUCACCGGUCUCAACAGGAGGCAAGUCGCCCGGAGGCGCAUUGAGGCUGCCCGGGAUUAA